AUGGGACGAAUGAGGAAAGCCAUAAGGUUGGGAGAUAGUAAUUUACUAGGAAUUUGCAUUAGAUAAAAAACAGCUUUAGUGAGAGUAUGGCGAUGGAUCCAACGACAUGGAAUCAAAAUCUAGAACAAUAUGACUGUAAUUUUCAUAACCAAGAGUAAACCUAGUUUGCUUAGCAUAAAAAUAGCUCUAAAUAACAAAGAAUCUCUUAAAAAUAAAAUAAAGAGCAAUGAGGAGCAUCAAAGAAUGAUUUAUCCUCAAACUACUUAGAAUAAUAAAAACUUAAAGCUUAGUUUUCCAAUCGGAUAAAAACCUAAUUCUAUUGUAGAUACUACAUAUCACCCAAACAAUAAUAAGCUUAACAUUUCUAAUGUUUCCUCAACAUCUAAUAAGACAUCAAAGGGCAAUCCAAUUUAUAAGAAUUAGCAUUAGGAGUAUAUUCAAAACAUUAUAAAGUACACUAAUAGAUCUCAUAUAGAGGCUGAUAACAGCAGCAUAACAUAAAAGCAUUAGCUUCUAAAAAAAGAUUUGAUUAUUGAAAAUGAAUAUCAGAGAGCAAAGGUGCAUAAAGAAGGUUUAAAGAGAGAUGGUCUAGCGCAGCCAAGCAAUCAUUUGUUGUCCACUUCAGAUAGAUCUAUGGAUUUAAAGCAAAAUGAGUUUGAUGAAGAUACCCUUAUGGAAAUUAUGUUUUCCUCUGAUGUAUUGAUUUCUUAAUUCCUAAUAUUAAUUUAGCAUGCUAACGAAAGUCUCAGCAGAAUGAAGCCUUAAAAUUUAUCUACUGAAAGGACUAAUAAGACAUUUGAUAGCAGAAUGGAAACUGGACCCAAAUAAUAGACUUAGAAAAUUAAAAAAAGUAAUAACUAACUUGAAAAUGAUAAAAACUUUAUGAACAGGAUGCUUAAUAAUCAUUCUGGGCUUACCAUAAAGUCAAACUAAAAGAAUUCUGAAUUUCAAAGCAAGAAUUAGCUCGCAGCAGCUAUUGGACCCUCAUAAGCUAAGUGUCUGAAUCAAUCAAGCGACAGAUUAAUAUCUGACGAUGAUGAAUUGAAUAGACUUGGAAAGCUUUCCCUGAUCAAUGCAAGUGCAAGAUUUUAAUUAAUCAGUGCUAACUAAUAACUCCUAGAUUUCCAACUUAAUAGAUUUAUUAAGAAUUCUAAAAAGGUAAAGAAUCAUUCUAAAACUAUAAACGAUUCAGGAAUGAACAAUAAACUAUCAUUUGGAUAUCAAAGUACAGAUAUCAAUGACACUCAGGAUGGAAUUUAGCAAGUCAGCAAUUUGAAUUAGAUGCAUGACAAUUCAGCUGACUUCACAAUUAGUGAUGGAUUCAGAGAAAGCAAUAGAAGAGAAUCAAAUGAUGGCACCAAAUAAAAUGAAAGACUUCGCUAAUCGUAUAAAUUUGCCAAUCCAGUUAAUAUCGUUCAGGAAUAUGAAUACUGA